AUGAACACGAAAAGUUACAUCUUAGACAACGGUGCAUACACGGCCAAAGUUGGCCACACGGACGAUGAGACGCCCAAGAUUAUACCCAAUUAUAUUAUGAAGGCCAAGAGUGAACGGCGGAGAACAUUCAUCGGCGAUCAGCUUUCAGAGUGCCGAGACAAAUCGGGACUGUACUUCAUGUUGGGCUUUCAAAAGGGUUACUUGUUGAACUGGGAUAUUCAGAAAACAGUAUGGGAUUACAUAUUCAGCAAAGAUUGUUGCAAAGCCAACUUUUUAGAAAUGCCACUAAUUGUGACUGAACCAUACUUCAAUUUUAGUUCCAUUCAAGAAGGAAUGACAGAAAUGUUUUUUGAAGAAUAUGAGUUCCAAGCUUUAUUGCGAACUAAUGCUGGAAAUCUAUCUUGUUACCAUUAUCAACACGAUAAACCAUCCACCAAAUGUUGCUUGGUUGUUGAAACCGGCUAUAGUUUUACACAUAUUGUUCCUUACAUUUUACAAAAAAAAUUCAAGCCUGGUAUGUUACGUGUCAAUGUUGGUGGCAAAAUUCUUACUAAUCAUUUGAAAGAAGUGAUAUCAUACCGACAGUUACACGUUAUGGAAGAAACAUACGUUAUGAAUCAAUGCAAGGAAGACUUGUGUUUUAUGUCUACAGAUUUCGAUCGAGAUCAUAAAAUUGCAAAAAUGAAAUGGCCCAAAAAUACUAUUGUCAGAGACUAUGUUCUACCUGAUUAUACCACUGUGAAUAGAGGAAUUAUAAGAACAUUAGACGAGACCUCUGUGAGCAGAACUAUAGAUAAAGAUCAACAAGUUUUACGAAUGAACAAUGAACGUUUUACAAUACCAGAAAUCUUAUUUCAUCCAAAUGAUAUUGGGAUACCACAAAUGGGUAUAUCAGAAGCAAUCAUUCUCAGUAUAAAUUUGUGUCCAGAAGAGACUAGACCUCAUUUAUAUAACAACAUCAUUGUAACUGGUGGUAACGGUUGUUUUCCUGGUUUUGAAGAGCGUCUUACUAAAGAAGUGCGAGCUCUUGCUCCUGAUGAAUUUGAUGUUUCAGUAACUGUACCUGAAAAUCCCAUUACAUACGCUUGGCAUGGAGGAAAUUUACUAAGUAAAGAUCCAGACUUUUUUUCGCUUGUGGUGACUAAAGAAGAAUACGAUGAAGAAGGAUUUUCUGCUUGCCAUCGAUUUGAUGUUUAA